GGCACCGUGACGGACCGCUCGGCUCUGCGGGCUUCCAUGGUGCGUUCCCCGGGUAUGCACGCUGAGAUGUUCGCCUCCUCCUGGAGGGUGCGGAGCCUCUGGGACGGGGUGAGGCUGGAGCUGCCGCAGGACCGCAGCCCGCAGGUGGUCCUGCACAGCCUCACACACCUGGACCCGGACCUCCCGCAGCUGGAGAGCUCGACGCAGGAGAUCGGCGAGGAGGCCGAGGAGGACGCCGUCUUCACCAUCACGCUGAGGAAGGUGCAGCUCCACCAGUCGGCCAGCAAAGGGCAGCGGUGGCUGGGCGUGGAGACGGACUCGGCGCUGAGCCUCUACGAGACCUGCAAGGUGCGGACCAUCAAGGCCGGCACGCUGGAGCGGCUGGUGGAGUACAUGGUGUCGGCGUUCAGGGGGAAGGACUCCACCUACGUCACCAUCUUCCUCUGCACAUACCGCUCCUUCGCCACCACCAGGCAGGUGCUGGAUCUCCUGCUCAACAGGUACGCCAAGCUCCAAAACAUCCCUGCAGCCACGGCACACAGAAUCUCCCAGGACGACUGCACCGAGCUGAGGAACACUGUUUCGUCCAUCCUGGGCGCGUGGCUGGACCAGUACUCCGAGGACUUCUGGACCCCGCCGACCUACGACUGCCUCCACCAGCUCAUGUCCUACCUGCACCGCCACUUCCCCGGCUCGGACCUGGAGCGCCGCGCCCGCAACCUGCUGGCCCACUUCCACCGCCGGCAGCAGUGUGAGCCCGAUCCCGAUGGUAUGAAGGCAGGACAGGAGAGGGACUCCAGCAGGGCAGGGACUCCAGGAAAAGGGGGGGAACACAUCGGAUGUCCUUUCGCUACGCAGGAAGAGAGCGGCUUUGAGGACGAACUUCCUGCUUUCAGUUUCCUGUCCUUUGACCCCAUCAUGGUGGCAGAGCAGUUCACGCUGAUGGACGCGGACCUGUUUAAGAAGGUGGUGUCCUACCACUGCCUGGGGGGGAUCUGGUCUCAGCGGGACAAGAAGGGGAAGGAGCACCUGGCCCCCACCAUCAGAGCCACCGUGGCCCAGUUCAACUCCGUCACCAACUGCGUCAUCACCACCUGCCUGAGCAACCCGACGCUGAAGCCCAACCAGAGAGCCCGGCUGCUGGAGCGCUGGAUCGACGUGGCCCGGGAAUGUCGGAUCCUGAAGAACUUCUCGUCGUUGAGAGCCAUCCUCUCCGCUCUGCAGUGCAACGCCAUCCACCGCCUGAAGAGGACCUGGGAGGAAGUGUCCCGGGAGAGUUUCCGCACAUUCCGUGAAUUAUCAGAGAUCUUCUCCGACGACAACAACUACUCCCUCAGCCGAGAGCUGCUGGUGAAGGAGGGAACCUCAAAGUUCGCCACUUUGGAAAUCAACCCCAAACGAGCUCAGAGGAGACACCAGCAGCAGAGAGAACUGGGAGUGAUGCAGGGGACCAUUCCUUACCUGGGGACCUUCCUGACGGACCUGGUGAUGAUGGACACCGCCAUGAAGGACUACACCGAGGGUGGUCUGAUCAACUUCGAGAAGAGAAGAAAGGAGUUCGAGGUGAUCGCUCAGAUCAAGCUGCUCCAGUUGGCCUCCAACAACUACAGUUUCACUCAGGACAGCCACUUCAGGGAGUGGUUCGCUGGGGUGGAGAAGCUCAGCGAGGCAGAGAGCUACAACCUGUCCUGUGAGAUCGAGCCGCUGUCGGAGUCGGCCAGCAACACGCUCCGAGCCAAGAAGAACGGAGGGAUCAUGAAACGCUGGAGCGAUCGUCAGUUGACGGAGGCCGGAUGCAGCGGCCCCCCCGGCUCUCACUCCAAGUCCUUCGACCACUCGCACUACAGGCCGUACCAAGAGGAGGUGGGGGGCGGCGGCGGGGGGGACAGCGGCGACGCCCUCAGCGUGACCUCCGUCAGCUCCAGCGGGUCGGACCUGGAGGACGUGAACCCCAGCUUCCUGUCCGAUUCUCCGGAGGGACACGAGAGAAAGACGUCGACUCCUUCAGUGAAGCUCACCGUCUCUGCUUUGGGGAGAGAAGCUCCAGCAGCCGACACGACGUCAACGUUCUGGGAGUGCACCUCCCUCUCCUCCCUGGACACCUCCGGGACGGGCUCCAGCUCCGGCUCGGCGUCCGGCUCCAGCAGCGCCUCCUCCUCCUCCGUCUCCUCCUCCACGCCGCUCUCCGCCUCCCGCUCACACAAGCGCUCGGUGUCGGCGGUGUCGAACUACUCCACGCUGUCGCUGCCGCUCUACAACCAGCAGGUGGACGACUGCUGCAUCAUCAGGGUCAGUCUGGACGUGGAGAACGGGAACAUGUACAAGAGCAUCCUGGUGACGAGUCAGGACAAGACUCCGGCCGUCAUCAGGAAGGCGAUGAUCAAACACAACCUGGAGAGAGAGAAGACGGACGAGUACGAGCUGAUGCAGAAAAUCUCAGAGGACAAAGAGCUUCGUAUCCCGGACAACGCCAACGUUUUCUACGCCAUGAACUCCACUGCCAACUACGACUUCGUGCUGAAGAGGCGCGGCUUGGCGAGGCCGAUGCGCGCCAAGAACGUGGCCAGUUCCACGCUGCCGCGCAUGAAACAGAAGGGACUGAAGAUCGCCAAAGGGAUUUUCUAAAGGAGAAAACGAGCCACUUCCUGCCUCCCCCUUCCUCCCCCACCUCCUCCCUCCUUCAACCCUCUCUGGUCUCCGCUCCUCAGA